AUGCCAGCGCCGCAACUUGGCGCUGGCUCCAAGCAACGCGGCCCGGGAGCAUGGAGCCGCGCAGGGACACAGGAGGAGCACCCAGGCCACCGAGAAAACGACUGCAUGCACACGUGUUCUGUGAUAGAAAGUGCCACCGGUAGUGGGGAAGAUGUCCUGGGAGAACUUAGGGGUUCGAUUGUGGAGAGCUUUCCCACGCCCUGCGCUCCGGUCGAACUGGAAGAUAUCCCUCACCACAAAGCCAAUCCCGAGUUUUCUCUUGUCCGCAGCCCUAGAGAUCUGGCUCCAGCUCAGUUCGGGCGUGCGAGCUGUGAAUCAGGUUCGUGGCGGCUCAGAGGAAGAAGGGACGCUCCCAGGAAAGUGUCCGAGGGAGACAGGAGCUCUGCGCUGCUGAGUCCAGGCUUCUGGAAACGUUUCGAGCGGCGACGGGCGCUGGGGGCUGGGGAGCCAAGUGCAAAUGACUGGACGCCCCGCAAACGGACUGGAAGGGAAAGAGUCCUGGCGAGAGAGCAGGAGCGUUUCCGGGAAGCGAAGUUGUCAAGGCUGCUGGCUGCGCUUUGCUGGAUCUCCUGGAUCCCGACACGUGUGACCCAGUUUGACCACAGCUCUGUGGACCUCUGGCCACUCCUGUGCCCAAGAGACCCCACCGAUUCCCCCACCCCCAGUUCAGCGCAUCAAGGGACUGAGGGUCCCCCGGGAGAACUGCACCGGCCACCACGCCCCCGUGCCCGGUCCUCCCCCAAAAGUCAAAGCAGGAGAGAAAGACGCUGGAAUUUGGUACAGUUUAUUAAGAGAAAGAGAAGUUCUCAAAUGUCUAUGAAGACGAAUUCUUCCACAAUUUCUAAACAGAGAGGUGCUAUUGUAAUAGCGUCUGUCGCAGAGGAUCGUCCAAUGAAGAGUCUCAGCGGAGGUGAGGGCUUCUGGGGCCAAAGGGGGCGGGAGAGGCAGCCUCCGGCCGCUGAGACUAGGUCCGCGGCCACCAUUCUUGGGACUUGCGGUGAUGUCUCCCCAGGUCAGGAGGAGGGCGAUGCUCCGAAACAGUCCCCGGGGUCAGAGGUCUCGGGUUUCAGAGGAGGGGUCCUCCUGUGGCGGCAAGACCCGCCCAGGGAAGCUUUGGGGGCGCGCGGCGUCUUCCCCUUCUGA